AGAAAAGCACAUAAAUGACAAAAUACCAGUUUGAGUGCCUAGUGGUCUAAUCAGGAAAUGCUCUUUGGAAGCUCAAUAUAUGCACUUAUCCAUUUGCAUUUGAUUUGGCUGUUAGUGCUGAGGAUGUCCUUAAGGUGAUGUGCUGCUUUUGGCAGAUUUAGUAAUUCUCUUUAGUCACAUGACCACUAAUGGUUUUUCUAAAUUUUUAUGUAGUUUAUUUUGGAUACAGGCAGAGGAAGCUCAGCGAAAGCUUAAGAGACAGAAUGGAGAGGACCCAGCCCUGCCUCCAUUCUGCCCACUGUUUGCCAGCUUGGGAAACAUUCUGCAGUGUGACGUGCUGCUUGGCAUGCUGGGAGCUGUGCUGCAGUGGGCUAUGGAGCCCAGUGGAGGACACUGGUCUGAGUCCAUGCUGCAGAGGGUGCUGCACUUGAUAGGCAUGGCUCUGCUGGAGGAGCAGCAACAGCUAGAGAACAUUGGGGAUGACGAUGAAGUUACUUUCAACUUCACCCUCAAAAUCUCCCGUAAGUUUUGUACAUCAUCUCACACAAUCUCAAAACCUCAAGCCUGUAGUUAG